AUGAUGUUCACUACAGAAGAAGUCAAACAAGUCGGACAUGUGAUGAGAAUUGACGUGAAUUAUCCAAUGAUACAAAUUUGCAAAGAUGCAUCUCAAUCGUCGUACCAUGAAGCCGUUAAAAUGGCCAUCGAAAGGGCUGGUCGUCAACCCAUUCAUAUGAUGGUUUUGAUACUGUGGGAUGACAAUAAGGCACGAUACGAUUCCCUGAAAGGCUGGUUAUGCUCGGAAACAAAUAUUCCUUCUCAGUGUGUGCAAAUGAGUACUCUUCGAGGACGACAGAGUGAAGGAGGACGUAACAAGAACUUUGGAUCUAUUGUCCUUAAAAUUGUUCUGCAGAUGAAUCUGUAA